GGGGAUGCCCUCUUAAGAUACCAUUCCUCUUCGGGACUAGACCCAGCGGCACCUGAUCGAUCAUGUCACAUGUCAGGCACGUGACAGAGUCAAACAAGACAAACAGGCGGGCGGCCCACCUAAUUCGUCAUUAUGGCAGCUUUGACCUGGAACUAUCAACAAACAAAGCUUCGAUCCAAUGCAAAGAAUCUGACAUGUCGUGAGCUACUCCUAAUUACUGCACUAUGAGCUUUCGAGGUCGAAACGCUCCUUUCAGAAAAUUGGAAAGCGGUGCUGGCAUUAGAACCGGUGACACCGGAAGAAGUCGACUGCGGCCGGUCUCCGAUCCUCUCGAGGCUGUUGGCUUCCCCUCCAAAGGCGACAAGACACUAUUAGACCACAAGGCUCAGAGAGCAUACUACGACACCGUCGUCGACCGCUACAUGCGAUUUUGUUCUAGCCACUCGCAUGAUCUCGAGGCAGCCUGGGCAUCUCUGCCAGCCAGUGCGUCUGCAGAUGCGACCAAAAAUCCCCCAUCAAACCUUCCAGCCCUUCCGAUUGGCAAGCCGUCUAGUAAAUCCGCUCAUCGAGACGGGCCCGCAGAAAGUCUCAUUGCAAUGACGGAGAGCCUUAGCCUAUCAGAUAAACAACAACCCCCGCCAAAGUCUGCUGUCGAAACUCAACGGUCUCCAGCAGCUGAGUUGUCCACAUUGUUGAUGUCGCUACGCAAACUCCGCGAGGGAAUUUUGGCAGCAUCAUCUUCCACUCCUGUAGCCUUUCAACAGCAGGUAUACAUUUUCUCCAUCCGAUUCUCGAUACUAGCACGUCACCCACCUUCGUACUUUUCUUCAUUGCGUUACCUGUUGGAUAACUUGCACGCAAGCUCUCAUCCGCUCACGGAGCAUGCAUUGACCGAAUUCACAUCCUAUCUGAUUCUGGACUAUGCUUGCCGUCAAAACUCGCUCACUCCCGCCUAUACAUUGUUAAUCCAAGCCAAAAAGAAGCAUGGCUUCCAAUCCCACGUAGUUGAUCGAAUUCUCAAUGCGCUCACUCAUGACAAUUGGAUAUCAUUUUGGCGCAUCCAUAAGGAGGUAGAUGGCUAUGUACGCGCAAUCAUGGGCUGGGCAGCAGACCACAUGACAAGACAGGCGCUCAAGGCUGCCGGUCGAACAUAUCUGAGUGUCAACGUAAACUGGUUGCUGCAAACCUCCACCGGCGGAGAGGGCUGGACUUGGCAAAGGCUGUCAGAAAAGGAGAAACUAGGAUGGCACCUCGAGGGCGACUCGGUCAUUAUUCGGAAGCCCAGGGCAAGAGCUUGA